UAAAGACCGCGCUCGGCGACCGCGGGCCCCGCACUGCUGAGGAGCGGAGCCUCCGCUUGGGGGGCCCCCCAUCCCUGGCUGUCCCCCAACUGCGCGUCCCCGCCCCACCCCCGCGGCUGAGCCACCACUGGUGCAGUGGUCUCCGCUUGGCGGAGGGAGCCUUGAGCUUCGUUCCACAGCUUCUUUGCAUCUUGAAUUUCGGGGCGGCCCCCUCCCCCACCUCUCCCUGCCUUUUUGUACCCCGCUUUUUUUCUGCAUUCUGCUCGGCUUUUGUAGCCGUCUGCUUUUGCACCCCUUUUCGUUUUGUUUCUAGACGGUUUGGCGAGGGUGAAGCUGCGUUCAUACCCCUUCCUCUUGUUAUUCUCUCCUGCUCUGACAGCACCCCUUUUCAUCGCAGUUGGGGGGCCUAGGAUCGGUGCAUCUUCCGCCGCGCUGCCAGCACCCCGCAGCGCGUGGCCGUGCACCCCGGAAUCUGCAGCAGCUGCAUAUCUGAGGGGGGUCUCCUUUGCCUCCGGCGCCUUUGCUCCCCGCGCUUUUGGUUGUGUGGAGGGCUUCAGCGCGCGGCGCCCCCGCUUCUCCGCAGCCCCCUGCCCCGCGCCCGGACUAGACCCGCGCCGCCAAGAUGGUCAUCCAGAAAGAGAAGAAGAGCUGCGGGCAGGUGGUUGAGGAGUGGAAGGAGUUCGUGUGGAACCCGAGGACGCACCAGUUUAUGGGCCGCACCGGGACCAGCUGGGCCUUUAUCCUCCUCUUCUACCUCGUUUUUUAUGGAUUCCUCACCGCCAUGUUCACCCUCACCAUGUGGGUGAUGCUGCAGACUGUCUCCGACCAUACCCCCAAGUACCAGGACCGACUGGCUACACCGGGCUUGAUGAUUCGUCCCAAGACUGAGAACCUUGAUGUCAUUGUCAAUGUCAGUGACACUGAAAGCUGGGACCAGCAUGUUCAGAAGCUCAACAAGUUCUUGGAGCCUUACAACGACUCUAUCCAAGCCCAAAAGAAUGAUGUCUGCCGCCCUGGGCGCUAUUACGAACAGCCUGAUAAUGGAGUCCUCAACUACCCCAAACGUGCCUGCCAAUUCAACCGGACCCAGCUGGGCAACUGCUCCGGCAUCGGAGACCCCACCCACUAUGGUUACAGCACUGGGCAGCCCUGUGUCUUCAUCAAGAUGAACCGGGUCAUCAACUUCUAUGCAGGAGCAAACCAGAGCAUGAAUGUUACCUGUGCUGGGAAGCGAGAUGAAGAUGCUGAGAAUCUCGGCAACUUCGUCAUGUUCCCUGCCAACGGUAACAUCGACCUCAUGUACUUCCCCUACUAUGGCAAGAAGUUCCACGUGAACUACACACAGCCCCUGGUGGCCGUGAAGUUCCUGAAUGUGACCCCCAAUGUGGAGGUGAAUGUAGAAUGCCGCAUCAACGCCGCCAACAUCGCCACAGAUGAUGAGCGAGACAAGUUCGCCGGCCGUGUGGCCUUCAAACUCCGCAUCAACAAAACCUGAGGCCCCUUCCUCCCACCCCGUCUCUCUCCUGUGGAUGCUCCUGGAAUGUCCCUGACCCUGCCUGAUCCCUCCCUCACCCACCCCAAAGGUAUUUUUGAUAACAGAGCUAUGACUUGUCUGAGCCUCA